AUGAGUUUUUCCAUCUUCACCAACGAGACGCGAGGUGACUCGGGCUACUUCCGUCUGCGCAAUCUGUCUGUGUCCGUCGAACAGAAUCUCAGCUACACGCGUGUAGACAAGGGAACUCCGGAAGAAAAAGACGAGGAAAUCGACAACUUCGAGAAGGGCGCUCUGAAUAACCUCGAAACAAACCUACAAAAUAACGUACAGAGCAGGCUUCGGAGCGGCGCCGACCCGGACAAAAACUUUGACCGCAAAAGUGACUCCGACGAGGACGCCCGUUUUCUCCGACUUGCACGCGAAGCGCUAGUGGCGACAUCGACAGAGUCCAACCUAAUAGUGGAUCCCACGAUCCAAGAUCUUCUCCAGCGGCUCCAAUAUGCGCUGUCUCCGCACGGAAACCCGAUUCGAAGAUCCGAAAGUAUCCAUGCAAACGAAAACGGCCAGCUCAUGAUCCAGAGUUUUUACAAUGGCUUCCCAAACUUGAGCAACGACGUGUUUACUGGUAGUGCCCGACAAACGCAAAAUGAAUCCGAAUGGGACUUUUUAAUGGACAGACAGAGUGUGGAGAGUUCAGGGUCUGAAGAGCCAGAGAAAAAGCGUGGUCUGCGAAAGUACCCAUGUCUGGAUUGCGCCAUGUCGUUCCGACGGUCUCUGGACCUCAAGCGCCACGAGAAACAGCAUCUUUCUGUGCCAGCCAAUAUCUGUCUGCAAUGUGGGAAGGGCUUUGCUCGAAAGGACGCUUUGAAACGGCAUGCGGGCACGCUAACAUGCAAACGAAAUGCCGAGAAACGGCUCUACCUGAAAAACCUAGAAUACUUGCGCGAAUAG